GCCCUUUUACAAGACAUUUAGUGAAGGGUACGUUCAAGAUGUAAUGCUAUGCUCUCUUUAGAGAGCCCAUAUUAAGAGCUUUGUCCUUUGUAGUGAGUAGGGCAUAGGAAUGAUCACUUUCGAUUGGAAUUCGCCCAAAAACCCUAUCUCUAAACGUAACAGCGAAUGAGACUCUCGCGAGACUUAUGCUGCGGGGGUGUUACCUUCUAGAUACAGCCACAGGAAGUGAAACAGGACACGUAUUCAGGUGUUGUAUAUAUAUGAAAGGAUGACACCUGACUGACACAGCAUGGAGAAGUUUGGUGUGAGCUUUGGUGGUGGAGGCCCAAGCAAGAAGGAACUGCUUGAAACCAUUGACGUACAGAAGAAACAACUUGUGAAGUAUCAGACACGCUUCAAAGAUGUUGUCAGAGCGUACCAAAGCCUACUUAAGGAAAAGGAGGCCUUGGAAGCCAGCCUGAAGGUACUGACUAUUUCUCAGGAGGUCGACCUAAGCCAGCAAGGUGAAAACCUGUCCCUCGGUGAAAGCUGUGGAAGCACAGAACGACAUUUGCCAUCUGACCUUGGCGAUGACCACUGUUCUCUUCACAGUGAAGACAGCCUAGACACAGCAGCCUCUGCUGAUACAGCAACCAGUGUGACCAGCAACAGCACUAAAGGAGACCUAACAGAAGGGGACCAAAGCUGCGCUGUAGAUGGAGCCACUGCUGGGGCUGUCGCACUCGUGUUACCCCAGCAAUCUGAGGAGGCAAGCGGGUCUGAGAGUGGCAUGAGCACCAGCAGCAGUGGAUGUAUGGAACAGCUGCCACCCGCUAUCUCUACUGCAGUGGACGCAGACCGCCGUGUCAUCCAACUAAAGACACAGCUGUCCACCCUGACCAGUUCGUUGGCCACCGUGACUCAAGAGAAGUCCAGAAUGGAGGCCUCGUUUCAGGCAGACAAGCGGAAGAUGAAGCAGGAACUGGAGGAGCUACAGGCCAGGAUGGAAGAAGAUAAGAAGCAGCACCGGGUGGAGCUCCAGGGCCUGCUGGAACAUCUGGCGGAGAGCAAAGCCCGUGUAAUCACCCAGCAGCAUGAACGGGAGCAAGAGCAGGGUGAUCACGCACACAUGCUCCGAGAGCUCCAGAAACUGCUGCAGGAGGAGAGGGGUCUGAGACAAGAUGCAGAGCUCAAACUGGAAGAUGCUCGAGAGGCGUUAGCUGAAGCGAUGCACGCAGCAGAUCGAGGGCUAGAUUAUGAGGCGCAGCUGAAAGAGAUCUCUAAUGAACGGGAGGAGUUGAGGAAGAGCCUGAAGGCGGCAGAGGUGGAGAAGAGCAAACCCGACCCACGUGUGGAGGAGCUCCAGCGAGAGAUUGCAGAGCUCAAAGCUCACUUCAAUCAGCAGCUUCAACAGGAGAUCAGAAAGGUAGCACAGGCAGAUGAGCGUCUAAGAGAACAGGCACAAAUGGAGGAGGCACGAGUGGCCAGCCUUGAGGAGCGAGUAUCUGAGCUCUCUGAACUACUAGGUGCCUGUGAGAAGGCCAGACAGAAGGACCAACAGAAUGCUCAGAGGUUACGAGAACGAAUCCUUCAACUCGACACAGAGAACAAAACCCUCGCCAUCGCAGCAGUCAGCAGGACAACAACCUUGGAUCUCAAUAUUGAAGACUCUAACUUGAACGUAGAGGUGUUAAAGGACAAGCUUGAGAAGGUGAAGAAGUUACUGCUGAUUGCUGCACAAAAAUCUCAAAACCAAGACAUUGAGAGGCUGGUGGAAGGAGAAAAGGACCAGGAAGUCUCAGAAGGGGAGAAGACCUCAUUACUUCACUACCAGCAAGAGCUCCGGCAACUGAGGGAAGAGUUUGAGCGCUACAAAAUGAGGGUACAAGGUGUUCUGAAAAACAAGAAUACGAAAGAUGGCAACCAGGCCAAAGAGUUAGAGGAAGCACGCGACCAGCUAUCUGAGCUGAAGGAGAAGUACAUCAAUCUUCGCAUCCUCUCCGAUGAAUCCGAAGCUCAGCACAAACGAUACUUGGAAGAGCGUCAACAAGAGCUUGUAGCACUCCAGCAGGCCCACAAACAGGAAGUUGAGAAGCUGGAUGCUCAACACAGGGAGAACUUCCUGCGGCUUGAGGAAGAGCUGCACAAACAGAGAGAUCGCACCAUGGCCCUGCUGGCAGAAAAAGACCUCGAGUUGGAGCGGCUCCGGGCUGCUGCAUUGAUCGGCUUCGGAAGCCAUCAGAAGCAUGGUGCAAAUAACGGCCCAAUGAUGGAAGGUUGUGUCCAAGAGGAGUGUGAUCCAGCACAAGAAGAAAGUGACAUUAUCGCUGAAGCCCUGAAACUUGCUGGGCCAAACGAGCCAACUUUAUUACUGUACGCCGAACAGCUGGCGCGUAAAGAGGUGGAGGUUUCCACCUUACGCAAACAAAAGAAUCGUCUAGAGGAAGACUUGCACCAGCUGCAAGGGAAGCUGAUUGCUAAUGGAGAGAGACAUGAAGAGGAGGUUGCUGAGCUUCGCAGCCAGCUGGACAAGCGAAUUCGGGACCAGGGAAGAGAUGGGGCCAACCUUGAGUACCUCAAGAACGUAAUUUAUAAAUUUCUCACACUCCAUGACACCAGAGGGCGCCAGCAAACACUCACAGCUAUUUUGACCAUUUUGCACUUUAGUCCUCAAGAGAAACAAACUGUGCUAAAGCAGCAGGCCCACAGCUGGUGGACGGCAGGGAUGAGAUAAUGUUAAAGCAGACAAAAGUAGAAAAAAGAGAGAGAAUAUAUGGUUCUACUAUGCUGAGGAUUAUUAUAAAAAAAUUUUGACCAACGGUUUUGUUUGUAUUGUGAGAGGGUUCCGAAAAACAGAAGUAACAAUGUAUUUGCAGAUAUGUCUCAAACAAUGAAAUGUUUAGUUUGCUUUAUAUUUUCAUUAUAUUUCAGCAGGAUGCUAAAAUAUUUUCUGAAUGAUUUGAGUCAAUACUGACAGUAUUGGAUAUUGUAGAACAAUUACCACAUUAUCCAAUACUUCUCUCCUGUGUGCAGUGUAUAUAGACAAAUAUCAGAUCUUGAUACUAUCUUCAAUCUGAAUAAUCAUUGGAGGGUUGGGCAUACCUAAAUAUUUUCAUUUGUUUUGUAAUAAAAUAACGGGAUGUUAACUAUUAUAAUACAACACUAUUUUGGUUAUGUAGAAAGGUUAAAAUCUACAGAAUGAGUUAUGCCAAAAAAGUCCUCUCAAAAAGAUUUUUGCAAUGACAUUGAAAGCUCAAACAGGUUUCUAAGAUGGAAAUUUAACUGGCACUCAGAAGCACGUUUCAUAGAGUUCCAGGGCUUCUAAUUGGAAUGAUCAUUACCUACAUUAAGUUAAUGAUUAACUUUCAGCUGUAAUUUUACGUGCUGUGAGUGUGCAAACUUCCAGAAGAAUUAUCCGAGGGACAUAGAACGAGCUGCUUGGUUUAUGAUUAUUACAAGCUUUGAACAUCUUAGAAUUUUUUUCUGACAUAUAAUAGGGCUUUGAUAGCUGCACUGUUCCACCAUUAUAUAAGCUGUAAAUAUAUUAUACUUAAGAGUAUUUUCAUUUUCUCCACACUCAGUUUUUCCUAUUUAAAUAUAAUCAGUCUUGCAAGGGUUAAUGUAUAUUUUCAAUCUUUGACCAUAAAAAGAAAAAAAAAAAACUAUAGUUUUUUGUAUUGGACUGUGAAAUACACAAAUACAAUAUAUUUAUUUAAUAUGUUAAA